CCUCAGGUGAUGAGUCGAGGUGACGUCAGCCGGGCGUGGCUACGCAGUGCGGGUCCGUCAACCCUAACAGACUGAAGCUUCGCAGCCAUGUCUGAGAACAAUAACAACGGGGAGGAGCCCGUCUUGCACGGUGAGUCGGGCGGGGGAUGGGCGCGGUUCGUUUUCCCCGCUUAUUAACGCCGGGCGGUAUUUCCGCUGGCUAAGGCUGGGAGAUGAUUCUCCGUUCGGCCUCAAAGAGGGCGACAUGGAAUGGGCGGGGCGUUGUUCAGAGAGACAGCGAUGUGAGCCAAUCCGUGACCCGUAAAGGAGACAUAGGCGGGACUAGUGUGAAACAGAGUAAUUCGGACCAAUCAGAAGUCAGCGUCUAGACUGUUAGAGGGCGUGACGUUGCUGAUGGGGAGGAUGUGCAUAACAUUGUUAUUGUAACAUUCUCUGCUUAUAUCUAGUAUGUUCUAUAUGGAACGUCAUGCCCUACUGACACUGUAGUGGGGGACACUGCUGGCACUCCAAGUACACUACCUCUCCUUCAAUGCUCAGCCAGCUAGGAAAGUUUAUCCACAUGUGCCAAAAGGCUGAAACUACAGCUUUAUAUUGUAUGACUAAUAUACAAUUAAUGCUAAAUACUUUAUUUUUUUAAAUAAAUUAUUAUAAAGCAUUAGGUUAGUAAUGGGCAAUAGGACUUUUUUUUUUUUUUUUAACUGCUUCAUUGUACAGGCUAUUUUGUACCUAAUGGAAAUCUAAAAUGGAAAAAUAAGACCAGACUAGACAUUUUGAGUAUUUCGUAGAGGAGAAUUUUUAUAAAAUACUCUAAUUUAUAGCGCUAGCAAAAGAAAUAGGAGAAAGUAGAUAUGCCUUCCAACAGUUCUGAUUUGGCAGUAUGGACUUGAUUUUGGGUUCCGGUUAUGUUUUAGUUUCCUGGUGUCACUAUCCCUAGGCAAAAGAGUGCAAGUAAAUCAUUUGGCAUGCGUGCGCUGAACUUGCAGAGAACACUCCUUGGAGGGUCCUGUCGGUAAGUGGCCGGGGCAGAUAGGCUGGCACACCUUUUUCCUGGUGGAACUGCCCAUUAUGGGUUCUGCUGGGGAUGUGAGUGGCACCACUGGUGACACCUCCUUCAGGACCCUAUCCGAUUGCAUAACUCCUAAUGUUUGGACGUAUAAAGUCAAUACUAUUUUGUCUAAUGGUAAAGCCUGAAAUUCUGGUUUAUGGAGUCUAUCCAUAUCCUAAAAACUCCUGUCCAGCAGAGAGAUGUGAAAUCUGAAUAAAUUAAACUUGUGUAUAAAUUGAUAGCAGCCAUGCUGCGGCUGCCUGUGUAUACACAAGUUAUUGUUUAUUGAACUUGGCUGAAUGUGCAGUUACUUGCAUGUCUCCCAGGGGAGGAACUUGUUUAGUCCAUGUUUUGCGCACUUACAGUUGCAAUAUCCACCAUGUUUUGCUUGACACAUAAUUGCAUCAUGCUGAUUUGUAGCACAUAGGGUGUGCUGCCCUAUAAUUUAAAGAAUCUACACGCUAUAGAAUGUCUGGUUGAUUUAUCACCUGAUUUACUGCCUACACGUUUGGAAUUUAUAUACUUUGUGUCAGUUCCUUGAAACCCAACUCUUCAGAAUAGUCUAUGGCCCCCUAGGGUAACUGUCACUUCUCAAACUAUAUCUUACUCUUUCAACUUAAAGCGGCACUGUCAUGCCGAAUUCUGUUUUUUUUUUAACCCCUCUCCCGCCUCCACUACAUCCAAUUGACCCACUAGUCACCCCCAAAUGCCCCUAAGCCCCCCACAUUACCUAUUUUUAAAUCCUUAUUUUCUGCCCCGAUCUUGAUUCAGGGCGCAGCCAUCUUUGUGUGGGUAGAUGAAGUCCCUCAGGGACAUGUCAUCAGCCCACACUAGGCAGACUGUGAGAUUCCCGCACAUGCCCAGUGAAACACCUGGACAUGCGAACGGGAAUUUCAUCUAUUCAUUCAUUCAUCAGACAGACGAAUGAGUGAAUAGAAAGAUCAGCCGAACAAACAAACACAAUGUAUCAGUGUUAGUUUGUUCGCUCAGUUUAUUACAAGGAGGGAGCUACCGGCACGCAGCUCCCUCCUUGUAAUAUGUAACUAUAGAAGCGGCAGGGAGCAGUGCUCCCCACCACUUCAUAAGCCCCAGGUCCCCUCACUUGCUGGGGUCAAUAUGACCCCCAUAGAACAAGGAGAUUGUGUCUCAAUGCCCCUAUCAAGCUAGCUACCCAGGCAUAAACUAUUAACAGUGAGCAGCCUGUGGCUGCUCACUGUAAAAAACAACACUAUUGGCCCCCACCCCAAACAGUGAGAAUGGGGAGAGACUCCCCCACCCCUGGGCGGCGGGUGGGGGCCAUGAAGAUAAUGAGGGGGGGGACCUCUCGCCCCCACCCCUGGGCGGCGGAUGGGGCCAUGAAGAUAAUGAGGGGGAGACCUACUGCCCCCGCCAUAAGGUGAGAAUGAGGAGGGGCAGUACUCUUCUCCGCCCCCAUCCCUGGGCCAGCGGGUGGGGCCAUAGUGAGAAUGAGGGGGACUCACUGCCCCCUUCCGCCUCCCACCCCAAGGGCGGUGGGGGCCUGCACGAAAAUGGGGGGACUCCACACCCCCGCCUCAAUUCCCUGGGCGGCGGGUGGGGGCCAUAAUGAGAAUGGGGGGACCUACUGCCCCCCCCCCGGCCCCCACCCCUGGGCGGCGGGUGGGGGCCAUAAUGAGAAUGGGGGGGGGACCUACUGCCCCCCCCGGCCCCCACCCCUGGGCGGCGGGUGGGGGCCCUAAGUCAAUUACCCCCCCAAGGUGACUAGGGGUCCCCAAGCCCCUAGUCACCCACCCCCCACCCAAAAAAAAAAGUCCCUACCUACCCCCCUCACCCUAAAAAAUAGUGAGGGGGGAUAAAAUAACUAACCUGUAAAAUAAAAUUAAACUUACCAUUCGACGUCUUCUUUUUUCUCAAAUCUUCUUUUUUCAGCCCCAAAAAAGGCCAAAUAAAAAACCCAUCAUAACCGUCGAAUUGAAAAUAAAAUAAAAAUCCCGAGCGCAAAAAAAAAACCCGACGAAAAAAAAAAAACCAGAGCGCAAAAAUAUAAUCCAUCUUCACCCAUGGAGGGCUCCGCGCAGACUGAGCUCCGCAGGGCGGAGGAAGGCUUAUAAAGCCUUGCCCCGCCCUGCAAUUAGGCUAAGAACACUCUGAUUGGUGGGUUUAAGCCAAUCAGAGUGUUCUUUGUCAUUUUACACAGCGUGGGAAAAUUCAAAAGAACUUUCCCACGCUGUGUAAAAUGACAAAUAGCACUGUGAUUGGAUGGAUUUCAAGCCAUCCAAUCACAGUGCUCUGUGUCAUUUUACACAGCGUGGGAGUUUAAUUUUAUUUUACAGGUUAGUUAUUUUAUCCCCCCCCUCACUAUUUUUUAGGGUGAGGGGGGUAGGUAGGGACUUUUUUGGUAGUGGGCACUAGGGGCUUGGGGACCCCUAGUCACCUUGGGUGGGGAAGCCACUGAAUUCCACCCCAGGGUAAUAAAAGGUAGGUCCCCCAUUCUCACAUGGCCCCACCCGCCCAGGGUGGCCGGGGAGGACAGUGGGUCCCCCCUCAUUAUCUUCAUGGCCCCCACACGCCUAGGGUAGGGUCAGCAGUAGGUCCUCCAUUUUCAUUAUGGCCCCACCAGGGUACAAUGGGGAGGACAGUAGUCCCCCUCAUUAUCUUCAUGGCCCCACCGCCCAGGGUGGGGUCGGAGGGGGGCAAGGUAGGUCCCCCCUGGCUCACUAUGGCCCCCCCCCGCCGCCCAGGGGUGGGGGCCGGGGGGGGGGCAGUAGGUCCCCCCCCAUUCUCCUUAUGGCCCUCACCCGCCGCCCAGGGGUGGGGUCGGGGGGGGACAGUAGGUUCCCCCCCUCAUUAUUGCCCCCACCCGCCGCCCAGGGGUGGGGGCGGGGGGGGGCAGUAGGUAAUUAGGUCUCCCCCCUUAUUUUAUUUUUGGGUGGGGGCCAAUAGUUUUUUUGUUUUUUUUUUACAGUGAGCAGCCACGGCGUGUCUGCAGUGGGUCUGUCAUGUAGAACAUAUCAGGGUUAAGUCCAUCUCUAGUGACUGUUAUACUGACGGCCACUAGAGGCAUUGACAUGAUGCAGUAGCCCCCAUAGGAAAGCAUUGAUUCAGUGGUUUUUAAUAUGGAAGCAUGGAUAUGCACCUGGCACUUUCCAUGCAUUUGCAUCGGGUCCCCAAUGCUUCUCAUAGAGGAGCAUUGGACUGGAGUAUCCUGGGGCAGGCCAUGCCUCCUUCAUAACAUCACAGGAGGCAGAGAGGUAAGCAGGGCCAAGUAAGAAUCAGUGCUGGAAAAAAGGCAAAUACACCUUUAAUGUUCUUAAUUUUUAUGGCAAGGGGGGAUAUACCUAGGGACAGGGGCCCUAAAGUGUUAGGUUUGUAUUCCUAACGCUUUUGUGUACCUUUUUAGUAGUAGGUCCUCACUCUCCAGACCCCUAAAACACUUAAGCUUUUUGAAAUGCUUUAUUUUUAAAAAGAUUGCCUUUUUUUUCUUCUUCAAAUUUUAAUAGAAAGUGACAGUUUUAUAACUUAACCUUGUUACACCCCCCCAGCUGUCUAUCAGACAACUGUCAUGUUACUGGUUGUUUAGCUCAGUGGAGCUAAAACCCAAGAGGCAGCAAUUACCUGGAGCACCUGCCUUGCUAAGUUUUCUCAUUGAGCUGCUUUGGAAGGUCUGUGAAUGGAUAGCCACAGAAAGUCUGGGUUGGAGAGGACUGGUAAAGACUGCAGUCAAGAGAUCUUCAAAGCAAUAUUUGUUGUAUAAGUAAAAAAAACCCUGAAAUUUUGCACAUAUGGAGCAUUUUAAGCAAUUACUCUAUUCCUUUUGCUUUACAGUGAGCAGACACAGUGUACAACUGGUUAUCUGGACAUACUGGGGAAAACAAAUAGACCAUGCACGAGUAAAUGUUUAGGGUUUUUUUUUUUUUUUACAUAAACUGUUACUCCACGCACAGUGACCAUUUCAGUGAUUUGAAGCGGUCAUUGUGCCUGGAGUUUGUAUGCAUGGUUUCAAUAUGUAAUGCUACACGUACAGAUAUUAACAUCUUGGCUGCUGGAGGUGUAAUUCCACCUCCAGCAAUGUUAUUAGUCAGCCCAGAACAAAGUUUCAAAUUGGCUAAUGUCAAUUCUGUGCAAAGACAGCCAACGGAAGCACGACCCACAGGGAUCCACUAAAAUGGAUAUUGUGGUGCUCUGAUAAGGGGGUUGCAAAUGUUUGUAAAAAAUGUUAUUCCAGGAAAAAUAGUUUUGAAGGUUUACAGUCCUCAUCAUGUAGCUACAAUUUUAGAUUAUCCAUACAUAGAGUGGGAGUUUUGCAUUAUUACUCUAGCUAGUAAACUUUUUAUUGAAGAACACUAUACAGUUUGGACAGGGGCGUACCUAGAGCACCCGGGGCGGAUCAUGUGCUUGGCAACCACCCCAACAUUCCUGAGUGUGCACUUCCUGUUAGUCCGGCCGGUACAGGAGACAGCUGCUCCCUGUACCCGCGGACCAUACUGGGCUUGGCCACGCUACAACAGAGGGAGUGACAGGAGGGAGUGCUGAGCGCUUCCCUCCUGUCAGCCCCUCUCCUCAGGCUGCGCCCGUGCGGUGCACCCUCAUGGACGCACCGCCCGGGCAAAGCUGCAGCCGCCUGAGGCUCUCUACAGAGCGCUCGGGCAGCUGCAGCAUGGGGGGCCAGCGCCCCCUCCCAAGGCACCCCCCACCCUGCUGGCACCCGGGGUGGACCGCCCCCUCCGCCCCCCCUUAGUACGCCAGUGAGUUUGGAAUAUGAACAUGUAUUCCCAACGCCAUAGUGUCCUAGUGCAUGUUUAGAUUUAGUUCCUCUCUCCUUUUCACCUGCAAAAAAACCCGAAAAUUUUAUUACAUAACUUUUUUUUUUUUUUUGCAGUGCUGAGACUCCCUCAGUGCUGCUGCCCUCUUUCACGUCAUGAAACAUUAUCAUGGAGAGGCUUCUUCUCCAAUCCAAUGCUGCUUAUAGAGGAGAAUUGGAAACAAGAUGUGCGUGUGUCCAUCAAAUGCUUCUCAUAGGAGAGCAUUGAAUUUAUUGAGCUGCAUUUAAUCAUACGACCGAAUCAAAGCUGUUGCUGCAGAAGCGCCUCUAGUGUCUAGAAGACAGCCACUAGUGGUGUGUUUAAUCCUACAAUGUAAAUAUUGCAGUUUCUGUAAAACAUUUUAAAUUUAAAAAAAAAAAAAAAAAUUUGUACAAAACUUCCAAUUUGCAAAAGGUGAUGUUUUUGUGAUGUCUUAAUGUUUGGAUUUAGGGGGAGGGGGACAUGUGUAUACUGAUAUAAAAAACAAAACAGUGAAGAAAGCCAAGCAGUUCAGUCCAACUCUGGUCCAUUUUGUUGGUACUAUUUGACCUUACUGAGACAGUUUCAAGUUUGUCAAACAAACUUGAACCAGCUGAUUGAGAUGUAAGGUGUAAAUGUGUUGCACAGAGCACAGUAUAAUGCUAAGGAAGUUCACAAACAUUGCCAGGCCCAGUUAGAGACAGUCAUCACACCUAUAUGCCUCACUCACAUUACACACUAACAGACUUGUGCGCACGUCUGAUCUGAGGUCUGGAUGUGCUGAUCUGAGGUCUGUGUGGGAGUAGGCUGGGACGCACAAUUUGAGCACGCCAGCCACUUCCGUUAGCUCAUGGAGUCAAUGGAAGAAGUCCAUCAGCUAGGGGGGUGUUUUUUGUUUUGUUUGUUUUUUACAUGGAAAUUAGCACUUUUAGAAACUGGGCUUAAAAAAAGCUCAAGUGCAUCUGGGAUGUGGAGUGGUUCAUUUUAGUAUACUUUAUAACAAACCUAUACUAUUAUAUGAUUUUUUUUUAAUUUUAUUAUGAAGAUAUUUUAUGCUGCUGGAACUUUUUUAAAUUUUUUUAAAAGAACUUUUAAUAGUUGUGUGUGUGUGUGUGUGUGUGUGUGUGUGUGUAUAUGUAUGUAUGUGUAUAUAUAUAUAUAUUUAUUAUUUUUUUUUUUUUUGCAUUAUAUGCCUUGCCAGAGUGUGAUCUGUACAUUAAAGGACCACUAUAGGCACUAUAGCUUAAUGAAGUGGUCUGGGUGCCAGGUCCAGCUAAGAUUAACCCUUUCUUCUAUAAACAUUAUGUUUAUAAUAGGGUUAAUCCAGCCUCUAGUGGCUGUCUCAUUGACAGCCGCUAGAGGUGCUUCUCACUGUGAUUUUCACAGUGAGAAAACACCAGCGUCCAUAGGAAAGCAUUGAGAAUGCUUUCCUAUGGACUGGCUGAAUGCGCGCAUGCAUUCAGCCAAGGAGGAGGAGAGUCCCCCGCCCGGCGCUGGAGAAAGAGGUAAAUUUAACCCCUUCCACCUCCUAGAGCACGGCGGGAUAAUGGCCCUGAGGGUGGGGGCACCCUCAGGGCACUAUAGUGCCAGGAAAACGAGUAUGUUUUCCUGGCACUAGAGUGGUUAUUUAAUGUAAGAAACCCUUGGCUCUCUCAACUUUUUUUUCCUCAGAAUAACUGCACAUUUUUAUAAGGUUGAGAACAGGCUCAUCAAUUAACUGCACAAAUUGUUUGUUUGUUAAAGGAAAGUUAUGUCCCAAAUGAUUCAGUGCAUAGAGAUUGCAAAAGAGGUGAGAAUGAGAUCAGGACAUAUGCAAUGGAUGUUUAUACAGGCAAUAGUAGUAGUUACGUAGAAUGAGAGACUGAUAGUACACCUAUGAGUCCCCCGCUAGUAGGAAGCCAGACCCCAAGCAAGCAAGGCAUUAGUUGGAAGGAUAUUAGAGUUUACAGGCUCAAAACAUUUAUGCAAGGUGUUGCUUAACUAGAGUUCACGCUUUGACUGCCGUAGGCAGGAGAAAUCCGCAUUUAGUAGGGACAGAUCAUUUCAGCCGAUGCUCCUUGGCGUUCUGGUGCCCUCCUGCUGUGAACCGACAGGUGCUGUAGCUCUAUCACGGAGGCGCUGCAAUCUAGAUCCAGGGUAGGGAGCAGUGUCGUGUGCUGUGAGCUUGCCGCUUGGAUAAGCCUGUGUGUGAAUCGCUUGGUGAUAUUCAGGGUGGGUUGGUUCUGUGCCGCGUCUGUCAGUCAGCUGUCUCUCCGUUCACUUCGCCUUAUGUGAGCCCAGGCACCACAGUGGUUAUGAUCCGGCAAGCACUGGAGUGGUGUGUCACGGAGAUCCCAUCCGUCAGGCUGCCUCAUGCAGAUACGUAGCAUCCGCCUUGAUUUUGUGACGACUGUAGCCAGCGAGGGAGGAAAGGUGGCGUUCCCAUUACGAACUGGUGGAUUCUGCUUUGCCGCCAUUUUAGUGGGGCCUCUUGGUCUGAGUAGCGGGGUCCCUAGUGCGGUAAGGGCUGCAGGGUUUUUGUCAAACCACAUCAAAUCAGUUUGUCAAAACGUAAGGAGAGAUGUCUAUAACACUACAAUGAGCUGCAGUGGUUAUGGUGUUACUGUUCUCAGUAUCUAGUGGGUCUCCACUGCCCCAUGGGCAACUGCUGUGGCAGCGAGUAGCUUUUUGUGGGAAGUUACAUAGUGCUUAUAGUGGUUUUCCCACGCUUUGAAAUCUCAGUAGAGAAAAAAUCCAAGGCAAAUUUUAUAAGAGAUGAGACAAGGCAACCAAUCCGAACACUGUUCUGAAAUUUCAAAGUAUAUGAAAACCUUUAUAAAGAUUAUUUCCGUCCUAAUAGGAUUUAUUUUUGUUGUGGCAUGGUUUUUCUUUUUUUGUUGUGCUUCUUGCGAAUUGGUCUUUUUAUUUUUUAAUAGUAAUGUAAUGGGUUUUCAUUUGCCAUGAUUUGGUGCUGAAGAAAAGAAGACUUUAGAAGAAAUAAGACUUGUGAUUUUUUUUUUUCUUUUCUUACAGGUGUUAAAUGUAUUGUCCCACACUAUUAUUAGGGUGAUGGGUUAAGUACAGCAUUUUCAUUUUUUGAAUUUAAGGCCCAAACUGAUUCCUUGUGCCAGAUGUUCCCCUCUCCACUCCUGAUUGGAUGGGGCAUUUCUAGUUUAGUUACAGUGAGCUAACACUGGUUGCGUACUGUUUAGUAGAUUUGUGUGGGGACAUAACGGUAAAACCUCCCUUAUAAUAAAAUUGGCUCAUUUUGCUCCCAUUGGCUUUAUUUAUCUGUUUACUAUUUAAUGUGCUGACUAAGGGUCAUGCAUCACUUGGCUAUUUUUUAUAUCUGCAUACAAAUACUAUCAAACACAAACCAAAAUAAAGCAAGACAAACUUUGAAAUGUAUGUGAUAAACGUUUAUAAACUUACUAUAAACCUGAUCAGUUUGCAUUGUUAGGCACGCCUCUCAGCUUGCAAAGUUACUUUAGGCCACCAUUACCCACCCAUUAGUUUCUGACUACUCCACUAAUGACAGAAACAAGACAUCAUUGUGCAGCAGCAGGAGAGAGAAACCCGAAACUGAAGCCAUUUCUGCAUGAACACACUGAUCAGACAUCCUCCACUGUCAGAAUGUUGCAUCAAAGGUUAUGAGAUUUUCUAACUGUAAAUGUGUAAUACUGUCAGGCUUGCCCACUGCACUUUUCCAGCAUUCCUAGUGAUAGGACACUGGUUAGAUUAGUGUCCCUGCUGGAGUGUGUGUGAAAAGCAUAAGAAAGAAGAUGCAGGUAAAUGAAAAAUAUAUAACUGCUGAGGGAGUCAAAUGUGUCGGUGGUUUAGGGUCCGCCCGUGCUCCUCCCCCGCCAACGUCAGCCGGAGGGGGAGACCUAAUGUUCAUGUGCGGCCGCCCGCGGGGGAGACCUAAUGCACAUGCACACGCAUUAGACCUCCCCAUAGGAAAGCAUUGAAAAUGCUUUCAAUGCUUUCCUAUGGGGAUUUUAGCGACGCUGGAGGUUCUCACAUAGCGUGAGGAUGUCCAGUGACGCUAUAGCACAAAUAUGUGCUAUGAAGCAGGAAGUGCCCUCUAGUGGCUGUGUAGUAGACAGCCACUAGAGGAGGAGUUAACCCUGCAAGGUAAUUAUUGCAGUUUAUAAAAACUGCAAUAAUUACACUUGCAGGGUUAAGGGUAAUGGGAGUUGGCACCCAGACCACUCCAAUGGGCAGAAGUGGUCUGGGUGCCUGGAGUGUCCCUUUAACUUCUACCACUUCAGCUGGAAGGCUAUUCCAAAUCAUAACCCCUCUAGUUUAAGACAAUGUUCUCUUGUUGUAGUAGUCCUUCUUUUUGUAAUUAUACUCUCCUCCUUUACUGUGUCCGUAUUAUAACCGUUCAGCAGCUUUCGGUCCAACUGAACUCUGGACCAAAUUCCUGCUCAUUUGUACCUACUCCGCAAAUCUAAACAUUAAAUACUGUGAACAGUGUCAAGAUUUUGCAGUCCGAAUAUCUCCAUACGGCAGUGCAUAGUUUUGCCCUAAUCGAUACAGUCCAUUCAGAGUUUAGUCAGUAACCCUGUUGGCUGUAUCCAGUUCUGCAUUUGUCCUCAACAUAUAACUCAGUCAAGAAUAGAUUCCGAUAAAAGUUGCAAGCCUUUUAGAGGCCCCUGCAAGGUGUACCAUGCUUUUUUGCUAGAAGAUUUUAUUUCACUAGGUGAACAGACAUUCCGGUCUACUUCAUUGCUCUUGAUCCUAUAAUUCAAUCGCCAUGGCAACACUGUCAAAUAUACAAAGGUUGAGAGCGAGAUUUAGAGAUUUCAACAUUUAUCAAGAAUUUAACAUAUCUUUUGAAAAAUAAAUGCCCUCACCACUACUAUUGCAACAUAAUUCAUCCCACCAAGCUCCUCUGAAGAUCUCUACAAAAUGGUCACUAAAGGCAUGUGAAUUCAUAUACAUAGGAAUGACAAAAUGACAAAAAAUUUAGACUUUUCUAUCAGUUAGUCAGAAUAAGACUAAGAAACGUCAUUGAUAAAAUGGCAAACUGACUACAUGUCAUUCGGUUAUUAAAGUGAGCAGCCACUAGUUGCCCUCUGUUUAGCCGAUAUGCAACAGUUUCAGCACAUGGAUCAUGGGCGUGGUGGAUGGUAUAAAACUUUUAUCAUGCUGUGGGGCUGCUCGCCAUAAUAACAUACUAACGGUUGGGCAGCUAUUGACAUUUACUCCAACUCUUAUAACUUUUAUUUAGGCAUUAUACCUUGGCCCCCAUUCCAAACAGCAAAAAUAUGUAAUCAACUAAGUUUUACUUCCCUGAAAUCCAACUCUGCUUUCCAUGCCCCCUUGUGACGUCAUGUCUGCCUUCACGCAGUCCAAUCCAGGGCUUCUCAUAAAGAAAUCUUCGAUUGGGCCGUGUAGCCAGCUCAUAGCACCUGCACACCCUCUGAGCCGACAAGGGAAGUAGAGCCUAAAAAAAGACCGGUGAGCUGGGCUGCAGGGAGGGAGGGGAGACACAAGAAUCAAAUUCCGUUUUUUGCCAGCGUGCAGUGCACACUGACAACAGAUAUAAAAUAUGCAAAGAAUUGACAUUUGGCAGUCCACAACAGAGUUCAAGGCUACCAAAGUCACAUGUGCUAAGGGUGUAACUAGCUCCUGGCAAACAAGUUCAAAUAUCUCUGCUUGUGCAGUGUUUCAAGUUAAAACACUACACAGCCAGAUUCCUUCCUCCACGACCACUUCAAAAAGCAGACGUGGUCAUUGGCAUUGGAGUAACCCUUUAAAUGUAAUACAUGACUGCCCUGUCGCUAGUUUUUUUAUGUUUAGUAGAUAUGUCCCCAUAUGCCACAUGGCAGCUGGGUGCACAAUGGAGGUCUACAACAUCCUUUCUAGUAAUGUUGAUGUCCUAUGAUUAGUUUCAAUGUAUUUACAUUUUAAUAUGACUGCUGGCCUUAAUAUAGGCCAGCCUUCACAUGGUUAACCCUCUUGCAACCAGGGAUUAUUUAAGUAUUUUCCCACUGGCUUCUAGUGCUGCCAGCAGGUCAUAGAGAUUAACGGUCAGCAAAAAAUUAUUUCUGUGCACAUCUCUAGAAGGCAGCUGCUUGACAGUUAAUUGUUAUUCUUUAUUCCUCUGUGUGUUUCCAUUCUGUAUAUUUUGAUUUUUCUUUCCCUUUCUGCAGUAUUUCACACGCACUCUCACUGACAGACACAAAUACAAACACAUGCGCAUAUACAUUCUCAGUGACACACACAUACACUCUCACUGACAAGCACACAUACACUCUCACUGACAUACACACACACAUACAAACUCCUUAACAGACACAUACAUUAUUUAAAAAAAACUUCACUCCACCCAGCCUCACUACCUUUGGGAGUGCUUGCAUGGAAUCUCUAUUUCCCUGGGGUGCAGUCCCUGGGGUCCAGUGGGCCUGGACGGCGGGGGAGCAGUGAUCUUCCCGCUCAGCUCCCUUGCGCGUCUCUUAGUGAUGCCGGAGUGAUAUCAUAUUCCGGCUCCGGCAUCACUGCUGUGCACGCCACGAUAAUGGCUGCCGCGAUACUUGAGGCGGGUGGCGGCCAUUUUGUUUCCCGAAAUUUUUGCAGAACCCCAUUUGUGUUCUCACGCAUCCCCAAUUGAGAAACGCUGCACUAAAGUGAGAGCUGUGGGGAUUUGGAAUUCAAAGUGAAAUCCAAGUUUAAGGUUAAAAAAACUGAAUUUGAAAAUAUCUCCUAUUCUGUUUUUAGUUAAACUAUUUUGGUGUAAAUCUUGACAUUCUCUUUGAAUUCCCGACAAUUCUCACUAUAGUAAAUGACCCUGAAAGUGCAUUUCCAUUUACUGUUCAGCAUAAAAUACUGGGAAAUAAAGAAAACUGCCUCUGAUCAGAAGAUUGUGUUGGAUGUUUUUGCAUGUUCUCAUAGGGUGCUGGAUGGAAAGCACUGCUCAUUUUAAAGUACCACUAUAGGCACCCAGACCACUUCAGCUUAAUUAAGUGGUCUGGGUGCCAGUUCCCUCUAGGGUUAACCCUGCCUGCUGUAAACAUAGCAGUUUCAGAGAAACUGAUAUGUUUACAAAUGGGUUAAUCCAGCCUCUAGUGGCUGUCUCAUUGACAGCCGCUAGAGGUGCUUCCGCGCUUCUCACUGUGAUUUUCACACUGAGAAGACGCCAGCGUCAAUAGGAAAGCAUUGAGAAUGCUUUCCUAUGGAUUGACUAAAUGCGCGCGCGGCUCUUGCCACGCAUGCGCAUUCAGCCGAUGAUGUCCAGAGGAGGAGAGUCCCCAGCGCCGAGGAAGCCUGGCGCUGGAGAAAGGUAAGAUUUUAACCCCUUUCUCCAACUUCAGCCCGGCGGCACCCUCAUGGCACUGGCACUAUAGUGGUCCUUUAAGUUUUCCAUUAUACAUUUUGGUUGAGUUGAUCAAACCCAUGCUCUAAAUAUGCUAAAGGAUCAAUAGUCGUGAAUUUACUCCUGCUUUUUUUAGGAAACAACCAUGAAUAUGUUUUCAGCUGUCCAGUAUUGCAGCCCUGUCUUCUCCUGGAAUGGUUUAGUGCAGGGGUGGGAAACCUUUUAUCUGCCAAGGGCCAUUUGGAUAUUUAAAACCUAAUUCGCGGGCCAUACAAAAUUAUCAACUUAAAAAUUAGCCUGCUGUAUUUGGUCAAACAUUUAAUUAACUCACUCCUAAUGUGAUGGCUGGAACUGCUUAUCUUUGGUGUGAUGUUAGCUGGUAUUGAUGAUAUUGCUACUUCCAGUGUGUGUGUGUGUGAGAGAGGGGUGUAGUUUGUGUGUGGGUGGUGUGUGUGUGCGCUCUUCGUUAUGCUCACUAAAAAUGAAUUUUAUUAUAAGACCUGUCAUGAUGUUCCAGAAUCCUAGAAAGGUCUUUGAAAAGAAUAUAUUAAAUGUAAAUUCCCUUGUUAAUACGCAGGCUGACUUCACUAUAUUCUUCCCGCGAGCACAGCACUGUCUGAGCGUUGCCAUGGUAACAAUCGGCAAUGCUCCGACGUGCCUGUUCGCGGGAGGAUCACAGCCUCCUGGGUCCUCCUCCUGUCCAUCAGGCACACAGGUCCUAUCUCCCUCCCACUUAACAAACUGGCUUCUACAAACUGCCCGGAGACCGGUGAGGGAGAUCUUUGAUGCCAGAAAAAGGCAGACAGCAGGGUUGGCUUUCCACGGGCCAGUCCCAAUCCCUGGUUUAGUGAAAACUCUUAGAAGCAGGGGUGUCCAUCAGUGACAUUCUGCUUGUUGUUGGGCUACGGUUACUGUUGUUAUGGGUUAGAUGUCCAAGCUCAAAAGCUAUUGCUCACUUUCCUGUAAAUUACAUCAUGUAAAAAAAACCUGAAAUUUUCUUUGUAGAUAAGGACCAAAUGGCUGCCUGCCCAUUCCCUAUCUUAAGUGUUCAGCCUUAUUUCCUGAAAUUAUUUAGACCAAGAAUAGCCCAAUGUAUACUGCAUUUUUAGCUGACUUCUUUGCAACAAAUGUGGUGCUUGUAGAGUUACAUGUGAUGUGGUGGGAAGCAGGCUAAUAUGGAUUAAAAAAGAACAAGGAUCUAACUGAGUUUAAUUAAUUUAGCUAAAUGAACAUUGUGUAUUUUGUUUUGUCAGUUUGGCAAAUGAUACUUUGGAUAUUCAGGGUGCUUGAAUUCGUAGGUGAGUGUUAAGUGUCGUUUAGUUGUUAGCGUGCGUGCUGAGCAGCACGAUGUCAGGACUGUAUUUUUCCUUCCACAUAGUGAGGUCUCUGCAGGGAGCUCAGCACCCCCUCCCUCCCCCAUCCAUUCAUAGGAAUUGCUGUCUGGGAGUAUUUCAGGACAAACCAGAGAUUUGCACACACAAAAAAAGAAAAGCUGCAGCUAAGAACGAUGGAUAGGGAUUCUGGGAAGAAUCCUCUCAAAUGGAUGCUUCAUAAAUAUCCUGCUACAAUGAGCAUGGUUGACUUUCCCUUGAUUGUUGCAUUUGUUUAUGUAGUUUACAGUCACUGCAGGUAGAGGACUGAGUAUAAUAUAAUAUAGGACCCUAGUCGUAGAGCUGGAUCUUAUCAUAUCAUUUGAAAGAACUAAUAGGCGGAGGUUUUUAAAAUAAUUCUAACGGGGGACGGAGCUAAGCGACGGACCUGAAUAGCCGCAUGUUGCUCGAGCUCUGGGUUGACAAACACAUUAACAAGCGAUUUAAAGGGGUCUCCUGCACCCCAAAAUCCUGCAAACCGACCCUGCAGCAGACUCUCACGAUAUGGGGAGAAAAAACAAAAAGCCAAGACCUGAGAAGCCGAGCAUGGGCAUGAAUAUCGGAAACUUGUUGCGCCAGGUCCGGAGUGGAGCAGAGCCUAAAAUGGCGACCUCUCAGACGAGACAGAGACCUCCGAGGAUUUCUCACUGGGGAUACCAGAGUGCCAAGCACCAGAGCAGAGAGCCCACAAACCUACCACCUCUCACUUAGACUUGGCCUCGAUGACUACGGCGAUCAUGAAAGGCCUGCUAGCGGAGCUCCAGCAUACAAUCCAGGCCGACAUGGCCCAGCUCUGAUGGGACCUGCACGGCCUAACGACCUUCAUGGGAGCUAUAGAAAGUGACACCCACAAAAACACCCAGCAAACGGCCAAACUUUAAAAGCUUGUGCAAGAUCUACAAAUCCAACAAACAAACAAAAACUGAUCAAAGGUUCAGAGCUGGAGGAUCAGAGUCACAGGCAGAGCCUCAAGAUUAGGGGUAUCGAGGAGAACCCGGAGAUAGAGCUGCCGCACCUCCUACUGCGACUUCUCGCAGCGCUACUAACCCCUAAGCAAGCUAGAUAGGUGGGUCUGGAGGGGCUGUUUCGCUGCACUAACCAGUGAAAGCAACAGCAUCAGCACCGAGGGAUCUCUUAGUGAAAUUUCGAAGCGGCAAGGAUAAAAUAGCUCUCAUGAACGCAGUCCGGAAAAACUCUCCAUACACCUUCGAAGGAAUGCAACUCUCGUUCUAUGCAAACCUGUCCGGGAGCACCAUGGCGUGGAGAAGAUCACUCAAGCCCUUCACGGUUCUACUCCGAUCUAACAGCUUCAUGUACAGGUGGCGACUGCAACGCAUGCUGGAAAUACAACACGGCACCGAAACUCAUACCAGCAGAGAUCUACUGGAGGCAACCGACCUAUUACCAACACUGGGGCUGCCAAUAGACGCCCUGAUCACAGCACGACCGAAUACAACAUCCUCCCUAACUCACGCAUGGAACCCAACAACAGAACCUCGGGGAUAGUGACAAGAUGACCGGGCAGCUGACACCACCUGAGCGGCUUCAGUAUGCCUGCAAAGACGGGCUUGAACUCUUCCCCACCACAAGAGAUGUGUUUUUUCUCUAUUUUUUUAUUUUACUAUUUCUUGUUGAUGUUAUCCUGUCAUGCUUUUAAUGUCACUCUUAGAUACUACCCCACCGGAGCCACACACAUCCUCCAGACCACACACAAUAUAGACUGACUCAGAGUAAAACCUCUGCAGACUCUGAUCCAACUGUCCACCCACCGUAGGCACAAACACAAGCCCACCAUGGCCUUCCCCUACACAUACGCAACAACAAGGCCCCUCGCUACCCGCAUCCGGCCUGUUCCUCACACUCAAAACGACUGGGGAAUACUACCUCCCUCCCCCGUAUGGAGGGGAACUCCAUAAAAAGCUGCUAGACCGCCAGACCACAUUCAUGCUACAUUGACCCAGACUAUAUACCCUCUACUAUUGGCAAUCUUAACUAUAACAAACCGGUAUAUAAAAAGUGCUGUCCACCUGCAUGUCAUAAUGAUUCUUCGAAUCCUGACUUGUCCGAUAUCCCUGUGACAAUGUAUGUAGCGCUUUAUUCCUUGCACAAAAAAAAGAAAGCAUUAAAAAUAAAUAAAUAAUAAUUCUAAUGACAUUUGUGUUGGGCAACUCAUGGCUAAAAUGUAAAAUUAAAAAAUCUACUUAGUAUUGAUCAGAUAAUUAUGUCCCUAAAGUGUUAAUGCUCUAUGGAUCAUCACAUUGUAUGGGUUUAAUACAGGGUUAUGUUUUCAUAAUCACUCUUACAUAUUUUACCCUAUAGCAGCUUUACUGCCGUGAUCACACAUUCGCUGUCAGAAGUGGAAGGCUUUGUAUCUCUAGCACUGUGUAUCAGAGAAUGUGUUCCUCUGAAUAGCUGUGCUGAAAAAAAAGGUGUCUUUUGUUAAAGGCACCUGAUCCAUUCACGCAGCUGUGUACAGCUUUGAGCCCCAUAAUGCACAUGUAUGUAACAUGGUGAAAGUGAGUAUAGUAACAGUCCUGAUGUCUACAUAUUCUUUACCAGGUUGCUCAAAUGACACGUGCAAGGGCUUUGUACAAUUAUGCAUGUGACUCGUGGGAUUUUGUAAUUUAUGUGCUGGAACAGGUUACUGCGUUUCAUAAUGAGUUCCCUAGUGUGAUAUAAUUCUAGAGCGUGUUUGUUUGUGGGUAGUAUUUCUUAGGUUGUGGCAAGUAUAAGUGCAGUUUUUUUUUUUUUUUCGUAAGUGUAGAUUGUACAGAAUAACUUAGAUAUGUCUGAAUAGCCUGUUACAAAGAAUUAACAGUUCGACAUACACAUGGGUGUGGAUGUGUAAAAAAACAAAAUCUACAUGUCCACAAGACUAAAGUUGUAACCUAAUCCACUUGUCCCUCAUGAUAAGCUAUAUGUUCUGAUCAAAAUUUUUUUUUAAAACUACAACUAGUGUGUCUGUGUAUGUUCUCUGGCUGUGUUUAGUAUGUGUGUAAUGUGUACAUGGUUUGUUGGCUGUAUGUGCUGGCUCUAUCUAACAUGUGGGAUGUUUGUAGGGUUUGUGUUAUGUGGGAAGGGGAGGGGCUGUUGGGCUGUGUGUAAUGUGUUCUUUAAUGCUUUCCUAUGGGGAUUUCACUGGCACUGAAUGUCCUCAUACAGAGCGAUAUUGGCAAUAUUUGUGUAAAAAGCUAUUGCUAUACAUCAUUUUGGGUUAACUAACCUUAUCUUUCCUGCAUCACAGAAAUGAUUAAAGUACAUGGUUCAUGCAGAUGAGAUGGAUGGGAUAAUUUAAUUGUAUCCACAGACAUAAUCUAUGCCAAUGUGUUGGGAAACAACUCUGGUGUAUUUCCACUUUAAAGUUGACAAGUUGUUACUUGUGAUUCCAGCUAAAAUUCAUUUGGUGAAUCUACUAUGUGUUUUCGGUUAUGAGAUGAACUAUUAGCUUUAUUAUUAACUAAUUUAGCCAGAACCAAUCUCCUUCAAAUCUGCUGCAUGCGCAGUGAAUUAUUCUAAUUCUGUUCUAUCCUGUUAGUAAGGAGUUAACCCAGCGAAUGCCAGUAAGGUGACUGCCUUAUUAAUGCAGUGCUCAGAUGCCUAGCACUAGAGGAUUAAGGCUUACGUGCUUGAAAGGCUGUAUCACGUGAAGGAAAGUUGACACAAACAAAUUGGGAAUUAUACUAUUCAGCCCUUCUAUUGUGUUACUUCUCAAACCUGGUCAUUAGAUGAUGUAAUUAAUUGCCAGCUUCCUUCCCGGCUGGAUUCAUCAUAUGUCAGUCAUACACAUGGGUUUGUCUCUCCAGUAAAAAUGUCAGGAGACAGGCAAAGAAUUCCACGAGUUUGAGACAGAUAUAGAAGGUAGAGGUUGUCCUGCACUGCUUUCAGUUGAUACCAGGAACAGCAGAGAGCCCUUCUCAUCUAUCGUAGUCUGUGUGCUACUGGCUUUUUAUCUACACCUUGCAGUCCCUCAUCUGCCAGCAUUGUAUGAUUAGAUUUGACUUGGAGUGCUUAGUACCAUUAUGGCUUAUGAACUUGGCUUUUCUGAUCAAACAGGUUCAUGGGUGGAGCUACAAAUGAACGGCAAUGGAAAUAACAAUGACAGCAACAGAAAUGGAGGACUGGAGCAUGUGCCAUCGUCCUCCUCGAUCCACAAUGGAGACAUGGAGAGGAUUCUACUGGAUGCUCAACACGAGUCUGGACAAACUAGUUCAAGGAGCAGCUCCCAAUGUGACAGGUGAUACAUGGGAGUCUUUAGUUUAGUAUUUUGCUUAAACCAUGUAUUAAAAAUGUAAACGUUUUAAGUUUCCACAUUUACAGUAAAUCAACAGGCUUUGUAGAUUCUGUAGUAUGCUUUCACCAAGCUUGGUCAUUUAACUUUUAGUUCUGUUGAACAUGUCCGAGAUGCAUUGGUCUAUGGGCUCUACAAACUUUUUUGUGAGUUCUAGUUUAAUUGUAUGUUUUCACUUGUAGAAAUGUAACUGAUGAACAAUAACUCUCUGAAGCCAUGACAUCAUGUACAGCAGUAUUAUUAGAUUGAAAAAGGGACUAUUUCACUUCUGAUUACAUUGAAAUAUUUGUAGUUAGUGUCAUAAUUGAAUUGUUUUCUAAAGAUUCUAUGUAUUUUGUAAAAAGUGUCAGAUCAUGAUUGAUCAAACAAGAUACUGCUGUUUAAUUGAGGACAAAAUACUAAUUUAUACAUAAUAGUACUUGAAAUAUGUAAUAUUGCAUGAAAAUCAUUGUUUUUCUUGAUUUCUUAUAACCUCUCACUAUGUAGGCUUUCAUUACUCAAUGUAACCUUUCCUUAUAACUCAUCCUAUUACUCCCUAUAACCCCUCCUAUUACUCCAUAUUACCUCUCCCUAUAACUCCUCCUAUUACUCCAUAUAACCUCUCCAUAUAGCCCCUCCUAUUAUUCCAUAUAACUUCUCCCUAUUACUCCAUAUAACCUAUCACUCUAUAUAACCUCUCUCUCUAACCCCUCCUAUUACUCCAUAUAACCCCUCCUAUGACUCUAUAUAAACUCUCUCUAUAACCCCUCCUAUUACUCCAUAUAACCUCUCCCUAUAACCCCUAUUACUCCAUAUAACCUCUCCCUAUAACCCCUCCUAUUAUUCCAUAUAACCUCUCCAUAAAACCCCUCCUAUUACUCCAUAUAACCUCUCUCUAUACCCUCCUAUUACUCCAUAUAACCUCUCCAUAAAACCCCUCCUAUUACUCCAUAUAAUCUCUCUCUAUACCCUCCUAUUACUCUAUAUAACCUCUCCCUAUAACCCCUCCUAUUACUCCAUAUAAUCUCUCUCUAUAACCCCUCCUAUUACUCUAUAUAACCCCUCAUAUUACUCUAUAUAACCUCUCUCUAUACCCUCCUAUUACUCUAUAUAACCCCUCAUAUUACUCCAUAUAACCUCUCUCUCUCUAACCCCUCCUAUUACUCCAUAUAACCUCACUUUAUAUAACCUCUCUCUAUAACCCACUCCUAUUACUCUACAUAACCUCUCUCUAACUCCUCCUAUUACUCCGUAUAACCUCUCUCUAUAACCCCUCCUAUUACUCCGUAUAACCUCUCCCUAUAACCCCUCCUAUUACUCUGUAUAACCUCUCCCUAUAACCCCUCCUAUUACUCCAUAUAACCUCUCUAUAACCCCUCCUAUUACUCUCUAUAACCCCACCUAUUACUAUAUCUAACCUCUCGUAAUAACUACUUAUUUUACUCCCUUUUAUAUAAUCCAUCCUUAUAAGUUAACCCCUUGUAUUAUUACAUAACUCCUCCUAUUACUCCUUAUAAGCUCUCCUUCUAACUCCCCAUAUUACUCCAUAUAACCUUUUCUUUUAACUCCUAUACCUCCGUAUAAUCCAUCCCUAUAGCCCAUCCUAGUACUACAUACAAACCUCUCCUUAUAACUCCUCUUAUUACUCUCCCUACAAACUCUCCUAUUUCUCAUAUAUCGUAUCUCUUUAAAAUCUCCUAUUGCACCAAAUAAUCUCUCGUAUUGAUCCGUGUAAUCUUUCCCUAAAUCCUCUCAGCUGAGUUCUGCUGGACGCUAUGGCUGCAUCCCUCAUAUGGUCUUCUCCAGUAGGAGAAUCCAGAUUGCUAUGUAGAGCAAAGCAAGGUCAUUCAGCAUUGUGCUCAAUGGCUCAUUAAUUAAGUUCAGCCAGUGAGCGUGGUACUGUACCAGCCUUGGGAAUCAUCCAAAUUCUCCUGCUGUAGAAGACCAGAUGCAGAGGUUGUUUUUGCUGGCACCUGGCGGGACUCAGGUAAGUUGUCAAAACCUAAAAUGAGCUAGUAGUGGCUAUGGUGUUUGGAGUGUUCCUAUUAAAGGACCCCCGACUGUGACUGCGCUACUAGGGGUCCAGUGGCCCUGAGGGGCAAGCAAAGACGAGUUUAUUUUUUAUUUAUUUAUUUUUUAAUGUACCUGUCCCUCGCUGGUGCCGCUGUCCUCUUCUGGCUCCUGGUGCUCCUGUGCCAGGAGCUGACGUCACAGCUUACUGUCAUGCAUGCGUGAGAGUACAUCAUUGAGUUUAAUGAGGAUCCCGGGUCAAUUCCCUGCAGACUCCACAGGUGACAUUCCUUGACGGCGGUAGCUCUGCCCAUCGUCAAGUAGUGUCAGGCGGGGGAAAAAUACUCUCCCAGUAUAUCUUUUGACUGGGUUGGAAUUUCAGUGGAAUUCCAACACAGACAGUAUGAGUAUUUCAUAAAGAGUUUAUCUUUAUGAAAUACUGAAUUUGCAGGAAAGGGGAAUGUGGAGUGGCAGUGUUGCUUUAAUUUAUUUUGCAUUUAUUGUUCAUUCUUGGUGCUCCACUUACAAUCUCCUUUACAUAUAAUGUACUUGUCACACAAAGGUUUUAGCCAACAUAUCCUUCUUGUUAUUUAGUCCCUCACCUGAAGAAGGACAGAUCACAUUUGACGUGGAGAUGCACACGAGCAGAGACAGUUUCCAGGUACCUGUUUUUAUGUUUAUAAUUCUGAACCAACUACACUCAUCUGUCUGAACAAACAUAACUUGCUCAAUGGUACCUCACUGAUGUCACUGAGCCCGACAUUCUAAUUCUAGGCUUCAGAACAAGUUGUGCCUCCUUGUCAUUGUAAACAGCUCGUAUAUCAUAACAUAUGGAAGGACAGAUUAAUGCAACAGCAAGUUCACCCAGGGUGUAUUUGCAUGUGGGUGUGAUAUAGGGAGUUGUGUUUGGAGGUUGGUUUAUUUAUUUAUUUUUAGAAGCUAGUAAAAAAAAAAACCAAUAAAAUGACGUGUUUUUAAGAAGUAGGCCACUAUUUUACAUGGGUGUAUUGAGCAUAAACAUGAAGCUAAUUGAUAUCACAUUUCUGCCUAAAGCCUACAUAAUCCAGAGUCCGUAACUGAUCGAUAAUAGUUUCUAACCUUAAACCAGUUUAGCAAAGUGAUCACAAUCUAAAUUUCACAGACCUUUUUUUCUGCCAGUGAUGCCUUCAAAAUAGCACUGUCCUAAAGUAAUAUUGUGUAGUGAAUGACAAAAAAAAUAGCCACAGGCAAUUACAUUACAGCUUGAAGGUUAUGGACAGCCAAGUACAUUGACGAUCCAAUAGGUCAUUGUGUUCCAUGUAAACAUUACUCUGUGUGUUUCUUUGAGAUUCUGCUUAACAUUUCAGGUAUCGUGCAAAUGUGUAUUUAUUAUGUUAUCAAUUAUUCCAGUUAUGUUUUAUUUACAAAGGUGUAAUCAAUAAGGAAUCUUUAGUUAAGGUUGCUUGUAUAUGUUAUUAAUUUGAAGAGGUGUUUGGGAUUUUCCCUCAUGCUCAUACAAUAACACUAUAAAUUUGGGGAUACUUAUUUUUUGUAAUCGAAGUGUUUAAAGUUCUUUGAGGUGUUGAACACAAUAUGUUUUCAAUGGUCCAUUUUAAUGUGUCACUUACUCUAAGGCAUGAUUUUGAUUGCCUACAUUUAUAACAUAAAGUAUAGGGCCCUUUUCACUGAUCUAAUAAUGGCUAUUGCAUCGCAACAGUGACUACAUUUUUCAAAUUUGUUAACUGCAUAUCAUGUAUUCAAUUUGCCAUAAUGCUCAGCCAGCCAAAGCCCUGAGAGCCUAGGGCAGGCAUAGGCAACCUUAGUAGUCCAGAUGGUUUGGACUACACCUCCCAUGAUGCUUUACCAGCAUUAUGGGUGUAAGAACAUUAUGGGGCAUGUAGUCCACAACAUCUGGAAGGUUGCCUAGACCUGGCCUUGGGCAUAGUUCAUAAGAGCAGUGCUGAGGGUCAUUUACCACUGAUCCAAGUGUCACCUGCAUUAUUUACCAGCAAAGGAAAACACAAUUACAUUGAUAAUGUCAAGAGCAGUGCUUUUUCUCCUCUGGCAAUCACAGCGCUGGCUUGUUUCAAGAGGGCACAUUUAUGGCCUCACAUGUACAGGAACUUUAGUGGGAAAUUAUUUAAAUUGGCACUCCACUGUCCGAAUAAAAUCACUGUUAAGUAGCUAUAACCCCCAAUGAAAACAUGCAUACAUUUAACUAUGUAUUUUUUCAUUGGGGGUAUAGCUAAAACAGCUUGCAAAAGCGGAAGCCUUUGCAAACCCUCCCCUUUUAACCCAGCCCGGACUUUAUGUGGCUGUCCAAUCAGACUUCCCAAUGCAGCUCAAUGAGAAGCCUUUGCAAGGCAGGUGCUCUGGACAAUUGCUGCCUCUUGAGUUUAGCUCCACUGAGAUAAGCAACCAGGAAAUAACAGGACUGUUUGUCUGACAGCCAGGGGUUGUAGACUAGAUUAAUUUAUAAAAGUGCCAAUUGAUAUUAAAAUCCGCACUUUGUGUACAACGGAGGGGGCAAAAGCAAAAAUGUUUCACAAAUCAAGCACUUCAGCAAACAAAAUUUCUGCAAAAGUUUGUGUUUGGAGUGUCCAUUUAAGCUCAAUCCUCCAAAUUAUCUGUUUUAAACAAUUAGAUAGUUUAACAUUUGAUCACAAGUUCUUAUUUGUGAUUGGGCUCCCAGUAGCUAAAGCGAGCUGUUGGUUGGGUCAUUUAAAACAAUAAAUAAAUAAAUAUUUAUACUUUAUUGUAUGUGCUUUGCAUGAAAAGUAGUUGAUGCUUGCAAGGCCAUAUGCAUGCCAACUGCACAUGCAUUUGUCCAUUAAUUGCUCCAGCCAGUGUUUCUCAAGAGUUUAUGGAGAAGUACCCCUGCAAGUCUAAAAGACCAUUCCUAAGUGAGAAAAUAAUUUCUAUUGAUUUAAAUUCCAAGUCAAACGUAUAGACACAGAUAUUUAAGUUAAUCCCAUACUGGAAAACAAGCCUGAUUAAAGUAGUAACAUAAUAUGUUUAAAGGAGCACUAUAGGCUCCGGAACACAAACAUGUAUUCCUGACCCUAUAGUGUUAAAAUCACCACAUAGCCCCCAUGGUCCCCUCUUGUCUCCCUAAAUAUAGUAAAAUCUUAACUUAUAGUCAAGUCUGUAGCUGCUAGUUCUGCACCUGUUAGCCUGUGAGCUGCCCUUGUCUGCUGACAUCAUCAGUUGUGGUGGUCUGAGCCAAUCAGAAUGCUUUCACAUAGGAUUGACUGAGACUGUCAAGGAGGCAGAUCAGGGGCAGAGCCAGCGCAAGUCGAACACAGCCCUGGCCAAUCAGCAUCUCCUCAUAGAGUUGAAUUGAAUCAAUGCAUCUCCAUGAGGAAAGUUCAGUGUAUGCAUGGAUGGAGACACUGAAUGGUAGUGCUGCUUACUCUGCAGCAUUGCCCAAGGAAGCAGCUUUAACAGCCAUCUAAGGAGUGGCCAGUGGACUUAUCACUAGGCUGUAAUGUAAACCCUGCAUUUUCUCUGGGGGAAAAAAAAGGAUUUACAGAAGCCUGAAGGGAAUGAUUACACCAGAACAAACACAACAAGCUGUAGUUGUUUUGGGGACUAUGGUGUCCUUUUUAAUAUAUAUAUAUAUAUAUAUAUCUAUCAUGAUGUGAAUAUUGUGUAUGUAUGGAUGAGUGUAUGAACUAUUAAUCUGAAGUAUAAAAGUCACAAAAUGAAACUAUAUUACACACUUAAUAGUUUCACCAGAAGACACUGACAUACACUCCCACUGAUUUAACACAUGCACUAACUAAUUUGACCCACACAUUCACUGACACUUAUUUGACACACACUGGCAUACUCAAACACAUUUUCUCACACACUCAUAAGGUUUUAUUUUUAUUUAACCCCUUAGUGACCGCGGACGUGCAGGGUAGUCCGACAAAUAACGAUACUUAAGGCUAAUUAAAACGCUGAAAGCGAUCAUGAUUGCUUCCAGAUGCUCUAACGCUAUUGCUAUACAACCUCACUGCUGGGCCCACGAGUGAUCGCUCCCUCACGUGGAGUCCGUGUAGUGUAGUGCAGAUGUUCUGCCUGUAUGCUGAGUGCCACGAGGGGUCGAGGCACUCAGUUAAAAUUAAACUAAACUAAAAAAAAUUAAAUAAAAAAUGAACCUCUUCUCUCCAUCUCCACUUACUCGAUCGCCACCUUUUACCCGCCGGCGAUCGGUCUUCUGCUUCACUGGGGGGAUUGUCUGAUAGCCCAGACAGAUCCCCCUCUGCAAAUUAGGGCCCCAGGGGCCAUAUGACCGCUCUAAAAGAGCGGUCACUAGGCCGCAAUAGGUGUCCACAGUGCUGCUAGCAGGGGGACUGCCUGCACUGACAGGCAGUCCCCCUGCUGGUGAAAAAUAGUAAAAAAUAAUAAUAAAGUUACUUAAAAAUAAAUAAAUAAAAAUAUGUGUAUUUAUUAUCUUGUAUAUGUCAUACUAAGUGUAUUUUUUUUGUGUUAAUAUUUACAUAUAUUAAUAUAAAAAUACACCUAGAGUAAAAUUACACACACGUUUGUGUGUGUGUGUAUGUGUGUGUGUGUGUGUAUAUAUGUAUAUGUGUGUGUAUGUGUAUAUAUAUAUAUAUAUAUAUAUAUGUGUGUGUGUGUGUAUAUAUAUUAUAAUAUGUACAGUAUACAUAUUGUGUGUGUGUGUAUGUAUUAAUAUAAAUAAUUAAAAAUAAUUUUUAAAAAACGAGAGUGUAAUUUUAUUCUAACUGUAUUUUGAUAUUAAUAUAUAUUUAUAUAAAAAUUCACUUAGAAUGAGAUCUAUAUAUAAUCUCAUUCUAAGGGAAUUUUGAUAUAAAUAUGGAUUCCUGACCGAUAUCAGUGUUACAAUGUAGCUUGCAUUAAUUUUGAAAAAAAAUGGUUUGGUAAUAGCAAAGUGCUACUUGUAUUUGUAGUCCUAUUACUUUCCAAAAAAAGCUUAGUACAUGUUAACAUUGGGUAUUUCUAAACUCAAAAUGUAGAAACUAUUUAGCACUGGUGUUUUUUCGUGGUUGCUGAUGCGUAACAGAUUUUGGGGGUCAAAGUUAGAAAAAGUGUGUGUGUGUUUGUUUUUUUUUGUUUGUUUUUUUUUUCAUCAUGUUAUAAUUUUUUUUAUAUAGUAAAUUAUAUGAUAUGAUGAAAAUAAUAGUAUCUUUAGAAAGACCAUUUAAUGGUGAGAAAAACUGUAUAUAAUGUGUGGGUAUAGUAAAUGAGUAAGAGGAAAAUUACAGCUAAACACAAACACCGCAGAAAUGUAAAACGAGCCCUGGUCUGAUCUGAAAAACGGUCUGGUCACUAAGGGGUUAAGCCUCACUACUUUUGGGAGAGCUGGAUUGGAUCGUUUCCCUGGAGUCCAGCGGGGAUCCUUUCCCUCAGGUCUAGUGUGGCCGCUUCGUGCUCUUCCAACACUGCUCCCUCGUGCACUGUUUAGUAAUGCCGGCCCGCAGUGCACACACCGGCAUCAGCUCUGCCACCAGCGUUUCUUUGUGAACAGACCACCGCCUCCUGGGGUCAGGGCUUUAAGUGGCUGGCCGGUCAUCACCUGGCAAACACCCUGCUUGUGGUGUAUGUACCCCCUGAGUUACUUGGGGGCACAUUUGCUGCAACCGAAAAGCUCAGUUUGUUGCAUUAUUCACUCCAUGCUGAAAUAGCAUUUACCAAGUUGAAGGAACAAAGAACGGUCAUGUCUCUGGAAGUGACAGUUCCUUUUUUAAUGUAAAAAUCUCAUCAGUUUUAAAGCUGACACUGUAGCUAAAGCAGAUUAACAACCUCAUCCCUUCGCCUCCUCCUAUUUAGCAUCAGAGAUCUCUCAAUAAAUUCUGAUGUCACAGGCAUAUUUCUCAUUCCAGUGUACCUUUAUGAACCAUAUAAAUGUGUCACUAUCAUUAGAACAUUUUAAUUUCACAAAGAGGGAAGCAAUUUCUUGCUACCUACCCGGCUUUGUCUUCGGCUUUGAAACGCCACCCAUUUUUAUUUAUUUAUAGGUUUAUUUACUCUCAGUCCUAGAGGGGUGGUUAUUGUGUGUUUUUGCCAAGACCCACCCUUUUAGGUUCUCUUAGGGAAGCCUGCUGUAUAGAUUUGGGUGCUGAUUUUGUUUAAUAUAUAAAGAAGCAGUGGAGUAUUCGGAGACUAUUAAAAGAAUAGCCACACACAAAUAUAAUCUGCUGUACACAGAGUGUUAAGCUUUCUCUUGCAGAAAGGAAAUGAAAACUGGAACGCUGGAAAAUUGAAUUUAUUUUAUAAGAUAUAGUUUUGCUUGAUACUGACUUUGUCACUUUUUUUUAACUUGAGAAAUACUAAUGAGUCAUAAUAACCUGGACAAUGGUAUUUAAACAAUGCUGAAACUUGGUAAUUAAAUGGGUGACUCCAACAUACCUGAGCUUUGAUGCUGACCUGCUCAGAGGUUCUUAGUCACCCGCAGGCAUUGCUCCUUGUGAUGCUGUGCUUGGCAUAAGUGAAGUGCAAGCAGAAUGGAAUUUAACCCUUUGAUUAUAAGAACAGUAUACCUUGCUUUUCAAUGCAAUCAAUGUUCCUUUACUAGACAUUAAAAUGUUUAGUGCACCUGUAAUUCGUUAGUGGGUUACCAGCCAAACAGCAUGUGUUCUAGCUAAUAGGAAACAUCACCCGUAUCCCAGCACCUUUCUGAAAAUGAGAAUUUAUUAUAGAAAACUCUGUGAUGCACCAUUCAUUCAUUAACGCCAUCACUACUACAAAAGCACGUUUGAUUGAAAAAAUAUUAACAUAGUAUUUGAAGCAAGGGGUGCAUAGCUAGCACAUGUGCAUGUCACUACCCAGUAAUUUUGUGGAUGGAUUGCUUUGCAGACAAACUUAUAAACUAAAGUGUGUAAAUUUACACAAUUUUUAUUUUUCACUUGUUUAUUCAUAAGUAAAAAAUAUUUUGGAAUUGAAAAGCUUUAGACUGUAUACAAGUCCUUUAUCUUGCAAUAUUUCACACAGGAUCUGAAAAGUUAGUAUUAAAGCAAAUUUUCUUCCUUACAGACGGUGUAACAAAAAUAUAGAAAAAAAUGUGCUGCUCCCCUCCUAUCGGUCUCUGUGUAUAGCGUGGCUGAGCAUCGCAGCUGACAGGAAGUGCUCGCUGAGAGAGCACUUCCUGUCAGACUGGUACCGUGGCAGCCACGAGCAGGUACAGGAAGGGAGGGGAGGGAGAUAAUUGGACUAAUGGAGGGGCCAGGGGGAGGAAGGUAAUGGGACUAAUGGAGGGGCUAGGAAAGGGCUUGACAAAUCCUAGGUCACCAGGGUGACUAGAAAUAUUGCCCUGGUGCCUGGGAUUUGAAGUCCUUUAGCUAAAGCUGCAGGAUGGGGAAACAAUGGAGCCAAACGGUUGCCCUGAGGAGCAUGGAGGCGGCCGGCUGGGGCAGCGCACGAGGGAGCAGCUGUAUAGUGAUGCCGGGAAGCGGAAUAUGACGUCAUCGUGGCCCGGCAUCACUACAGAGAGCAGAGGGGAGCUGCAGGUAGAUUACUGCUCCCUUGCUUGAAGGAUGAGAGAAGCAGCCCCAUUGGACCCCAGGGAAAGAUCCACUCCGCUCUCCCAAAGGGAGGCUGGGUGGAUUAAAAUUAAAAUGGAAAAUGUCCACUUGUGUGUGUGUUGGUGUGUGUCUCUGUCAGUGUGUCUUUGUGUGUCUGUUUAGGUACCUGCACCCCUCUGAUCAUGAGAGGUGUUUUUGCUUACCUUCUUUCCUACGUUGUGCCGAUUUUUCUGCGGCUUGUCCUUCCUUCAUGGCUAAGAUAAUCAAUCUUUAAGAUCUCCUGGGACGAUAUUGCGCAUGUUCUCUCUGGGUAACAUUUAGCACCUCCGUGCAGAGUGUGAGGACGCUGAACAAAAGUGCUGCACACUGUGCAGCACUGACACAGGACUCUCUAGUGGUCUUCUGAGUGACUACUAGGCAGCAGUUUACAUUGAAAAGGCUACAGGGACAGGCUAUAGGCACCAGGACAGCUACAUCUCUGUAAAAUAUGAAACUAUCUGAUGUACAGAAACCAUACAUACUCAGUAACAUGCCCCAUUCUCUCUCAUCCUGUUUUUGAAGCUUUUGUCAUUUGCAAAACUUAAUAAACUUGGCUGUAAGUUGCAUUCAAUUAAUAGAAUUGUUUAAUGAAAUACUAAUUUUUGACUGUAUUGAUAACUGUUAUGAUAAUAUAUAGAUUGGGCAUGACCUAUAUUGUAGAAUUAGUAGUUUUUUCAUUAUUAUUGGAUUAUUAUGUUAUUGGUUAUAUUAUAACUGAAUCCUCUGUUUCUAUUGCAGUCUGAAGAGGAAGUAGCUGAUGGAGAGAAGGAGGUGGAUGUUCUAAAGAAAAGCACAGACUGGGUGUCUGAUUGGUCAAGUAGACCUGAAAAUAUUCCCCCAAAGUAAGUUCUACAGUUCCUCGGUGUAAAACUACUACAGUCUGAUAUGUGUUAUAGUUAGCACCAUAGUUUAAAGCGGCUCUUAAUUUAAAAAAAAAAAAAAAAAGAAGACAAAAUUAAAUUGGCAUUUCCAAAAUGCCCCCUUGGCUAUCUCAUUUUUAUAUAUUUUUUAUCAUCCUUAUUUGCAAAGCUAUACAUAAGGAAAAAUAGAGACUACUUUUCUAUGUAUAAAUUGGAGGUUGAAAAGGGGUGGAGCUUUAGUUAAGAUGUCUUUGGACAUCUUGCUCAAUAACCACCUCCCUCCAGCAUUCCAGGAAGGCACAUCAUGGUUCCUCUGUGUUAACUCUUGUGCGAUCAUGAGCGUUAACACAGGUCCAUUGAAAGCUCGAGCUGGAGUGACAUUUGAGGAGCAUUCCCAAGGAAGGGAAGAAUAUAAAAUUUCUCGACGCCACCAACUCAGAAACUUUAGGAACCCAGUGCUAUGAAGACGAUGCAUUGGCGCAAGGAUAAAGAAAGGUAAUGUGCCCUGGUCCUGGGGUCUAAAACUGUUGUGGGGCGAUCUGUGGGUGUGGGGAACUGGAGUGAGGGUCCCCUUGGCUGGGGUUGAUUAGUGACAGAUCCGCUUUAAUAGAGCCCAACUAACCAUAUAAGGCAGCACCAUUGCUGGGUUCUCAAGAUACAUUAUUGUUUGACUGCUAAGAACAUUAAAGCAAGUCUUCCCCUGGUUAGUUAUGCCAUAAUUAGGUUUUGGAUAAUGCACAUUCAAAAAAAUGCAGAUUUUAUGCCAAAAUGUAAAAAGUAAGAAAUUCUGGGCAGUUAAAUUUGUGUUGAAAGUUUGAAGCACGCAGUAGUUGAAAAAUAUGACAACUCUAUGCUAAUCUUUAAGUAUGAGCAGGAAUUUAAAAGUUGCUCUUGUGACGUGACAGUAUAUCAAAUUUUCAGAUGGCAAAUGCUAGCCUUUAUUUGCUAUCUUAUCUAUAUUUAAUUUUUUCAUGUGCACAACAUACUUCACAUUUUAAGGGCCCUUGUCACUUAAGCUAGAACAGGGACUUUCAAUGCACUAUUUGUACCAUUUUUUUUUUUUUUUUGUCUGAUUAAGCCCAUUUACUAUUUCAAAUGAAGCACUAUUUGAGGUAUGAAGAGCUAAUUGCUAUCUAAUUGUGUUUCCCACACAUUUGUUGCCACGUGGUCUUUUUUCCGUUUGAGUUUCUUCUUUUUAUAUGGCGGGUUAACUGCCUCUAAUGUUAUAUCUGUAUGGGUGUCUACACUAUUGUAUCUGAUAUGACAUUACUGUCUUGACUAUUACCAAUGUAUCUUCUUUGAUGGUUCACAAUUAUCUUAAUGUGCUCAAUAUCCUACCUACACAUACAAGUCCCUGAAUUUUUAUUUAAGACAAUGCUAGUGCCUUCCUCACCCCUGCUACACCUGUGCUUCGCCCAUGUCAUUUGUGUUCCUGUGGACCCGUUGUGAUACACACCCAUUUGCUUAAUUGAAUACAAAAUUAAAUUCUAUUUAUACAUUUUGCUUGCAGAAUUGCUAGCCAAUGUAUAGAUUUAACGUUAAAUCUGUUCAAUUCUUCAGCAUAGUCAUCAUCUAUAUUGGCAUUUGAUUGAGAAGAGAGAGCAGAAGAAUCCUCCUAAAGGUGGUUCUUGUGCUCUACAGCACAGCAAUUGCAGUGUAUACGUUACCGUUGCUUUGGUUACUUCUCUAGCAGCCCCAUUUGCACUGUCUAAAGAAGUAGAGGAACAAAGCUCAGAUGCUAAUGUGCUGGCAAUGAAGACGGCAUCCCCCUCAUAAGGGGAAUUUCACCACUUGGGGUAGGGUCCCCAAGCUGGCCCAGUAUUUUCAAACCACAGGCAGGGUUCAGGUUUGUCAGGAGGUGGGUGUUUCAAUAUUGUAAACCAUGCAGCUGUGGACGUGGCUGUCCUGGAGAGAAAGUAAAGGCAGUUCAGUUUUCCUGUAAUGUAAUUGAGAAUUGAACAGAUUUAUGUAAUAAAUUCUAUAUUCAUAAUCUGUAGGGGUAAGGUUCAGUUAACGUGAACCUGUCACGCCCGAUAGACAUACAUUCAUAUAACAGUAUUGAUGAUGAAAUUAUGUGUAUUUAGUAGCAGUGCUUACGCAAACUCCUAUACUAUGUGACUGGUAUAUAGAGAAAUGUUUGUAUACUACCUUAAAACCUUCCUAUGGCUCCAAAUUAGAAUACAACAUCUCUGUAUUUAUUUAUAUGUACUGUGUUUUGUUUUUCUUGAAUGAAUGAAUGCAUAGGAUUAGUUGAUCCAGCUAUGAAAUCAUUGGGUUUUAUUCACAAAAUUAUAGGCCAGAAUUCUCAAUCCUACCAUUUUGGCCUAAAAUAUGUAGCCCCCUUGCCAAUUCUGCACGUUUGACAAGUAAUCCUCUUGUUUUACAUACCUUUAAACCCUUUGUUUGCAUUUCAGAGAGUUCCAUUUUCGCCACCCCAAACGAUCAGUGUCUUUGAGCAUGAGAAAGACUGGUGCCAUGAAGAAAGGUGGUAUCUUUUCUGCAGAGUUCCUGAAAGUUUUCAUCCCCUCUCUGUUCAUCUCCCAUGUUCUGGCUCUGGGACUGGGGUGAGUGUCAGGCUGAUUUAGUGCACAUGUAGCUUCUACUACAUUGAUAAGUCAGUGUUCUCCUAUUAUGAAAGGGCAAAUAAGAACAUUAAAGGACCACUCUAGGCACCCAGACCACUUCAGCUUAAUGAAGUGGUCUGGGUGCCUGGUCCAGCUAGGGUUAACCCAUUUUUUCAUAAACAUAGCAGUUUCAGAGAAACUGCUAUGUUUAUGAAUGGGUUAAGCCUUCCCCCUAAUCCUCUAGUGGCUGUCUCAUUGACAGCUACUAGAGGCGCUUGCGUGCUUCUCACUGUGAUUUUCACAGUGAGAGCACGCAAGCGUCCAUAGGAAAGCAUUGUAAAUGCUUUCCUAUGCGACGGGCUGAAUGCGCGCGCAGCUCUUGCCGCGCGUGCGCAUUCAGCCGGCGGGGAGGAUCGGAGGAGAGGAGGAGGAGAGCUCUCCGCCCAGCGCUGGAAAAAGGUAAGUUAUUACCCCUUUCCCCCUUCCAGAGCCGGGCGGGAGGGGGUCCCUGAGGGUGGGGGCACCCUCAGGGCACUAUAGUGCCAGGAAAACGAGUAUGUUUUCCUGGCACUAUAGUGGUCCUUUAAGCACUGGAUAGUGAAGCACAAUGCUUGUGAGAGUCUCAUUAAAGGGUUAAUAUAAACCAGUCUUCACCAUUUCUUUUUUCAAACCUAAAAUGCCCUGCUGGGCAUUACUAUUAGGUUCCACCCAGGAGAGGGCAAUUAGGGAAAACAAGCCCAAAAGAAAGGUGGUCAAACGUGAGGACUUAAAAAUUAAGGGAGCGAGUGGGAAAUGAGCUUCCCUUGCUGGGUCUGCCUGCAAGGGAGAAAUAGUUACAUCUGUCUCCAAUGGUCAUUCAAGUGUAGUGCGUCAAGGCCAAACCUCUUAGGUGAGUCCUACACUAACAAUUUACCUUGCUGCUUUCAGCUAAAAGGUAAAAUCUCUGAGACUUACAGGGGUAUUUUGUUAAACCCCUUAUUAACCCUUAACAGGAAACACAUGAGGUCGGUGGCCGCACUGUAACACGACUUUGUAAUAGUGUAAUACAAAAGCAAGUACAAACAUGCAAAAUUAAGCCUUGCACUCAGACUCCCAUUACUCCUGGGCAAGCAAUGACUAUAGUACACAUCAGUCCCAAUACAUACAAUAAAAACCAAAGAAAAAAUUACUUGCACCCUAUAUUUAAAAUAAAUAAAGAAAAAUAAAGUUAUUUAAAUGUGUGUAGGGAUUUGGGGUAGUGUACAAGUAAGUUGUGUUUUUUUUUUUUUUUUAUAUGUCUGUCUGCAGCAUGCUCACAAUGUUGACAACAGAUAUAAAAUAUACAUAAAACGGACUUUAGGCAAUCUGGAACAGAGUAAGUCAUGUGUGCUGAGGGUGCAACUAUCCCAGGCAGACUAGUGCCAUUUCAGGAUGAAACACUGCACAUAGAGACUCCAACAGCAUGACCACUUCAAAUCACUUAAGCCGCCAGUUAAUGGUGAUUAAACCCUUUAAAUGGUCAGAAAAUACUAAAUUAUUGGGGGGAGAAAAAGUAAGCUUUAUUCCAUCGCCAAUAUAAAUAGGCACAAAAAGAAUAAUAAAUAAAAAUAAACUUACAAGUUCUCUAUUACGCUAAGCAGUUGAGAAAGCACAGUACAUGCUAAAUUUGUCUAGUGAAAUAAUUCAAGUACAUUUUUUUUUUUUGUGGUGGUUAUUGUUUAUACUGGCGAUUUAAAUAAAAGCUCCCAGUUUUUUGUUUUUUCCCCAUCUCUGGUGGUUUCAAAAGUCUCUUACAAGCACAGUGCAUCCGCUAUCUGGUGCCUAAUGUGACUUUUCCUUUAAUGCCCUGUAAGAAACAUGCAGAUUUUCUUCGCUUGAUUGUUUUAAAUAUUGUGGUCCCAUGGCUCUCGAAUAUUUUACAGUCCUGUUUUAAAAAAAGUUUAUACCACACUGAUACGUAUGUCCUGCAUUUUAAAUCUGUCUACUGUGAGCAGUGUCUUUUCCUUAGUUUAAAUAUUGAUUUAUUUAUUUUUUUUAACUUUUUUUAUUUUAUUUUAUUUACCAUCAACAUAUAUUGCAGUGCUGAAAUGCUAAAGUAUAUCAAUGAGUUAGAUUCCAAAGCUCAGCAAGACAAAUUUAUUGGAACCAAGUACACCGCAACGUUUUAACUGUACAGUGGGGUCUUUGUCAAGCUUGAUGACAAAAGUCCACUGUAGGAUCGAAACGUUGCUGUGUACUUGGUUUCAAUGUUAUGUGGGGGUUGUGCUAGCCCCUGGUUUGGUUACACAAAUUCUAAUUUAGAAAGUAAAUCUUAAAAAAAAAUAAAAGAGAAAUAAAAUUAAAUUUUUUUUUUCAUUUUAGUGAAUGUGCUAAACUUCUUGUUUUUGUAAUUUGUAAUCACCAACUGUAUUAGAUUGCUAUAAAUGGCUGACCAUUUUGGUUGUAUUGCAGUAUUUACAUUGGUAAAAGAUUGACCCUCUCAUCUGCCAGUUCCUACUGAAGGAGCAUGAUCUGGAAUCUAAUCUGUGAUCCUGUGAUGGUGUGUUCCUGUCACAUUUGUGCAUUUGAACUUUGCACCAUGUUAAGCAUGAUUCAAAGCACCCGCUCCCCUCACCCUGAUUCUUAAACCCGGGAUCCCCCUCUGACUACCAUGUUAAGUCAGAGCACUAAUCCCCCUUCGUGAAAUACUUGUGUCACUGAGCAGAGGACAACUCGUCUCUUGGUAAUUCAGUUGGGAGCCAGCAGCAGUGCUUGCCUGUGAAAGGAGACCCCAAAUGGAUAAAGCAGUGCUCCUGCAGGGGACAGGAAGACCACUUGAAGUAGACAUGAAAUGUGUCGGGACAUGUCCCUGCUGGAAAGCCUUGCUACACCACCUCUGACUUUUAACCCUUAAACGUUCCCUUCUGCAGUACCCAAAGACACCAGUAUGAGCAGAAGAGAAGUCUGUGAGUCAGGCACCAAAGCCUAUAUUGCAAGUUGCAUAUAGAUCGGGCAGCUUGUAGGGAUAUUUAGCAAUGAAGUAUUGCAUAUAUCAAAUUAAAAUAAUCAACAACUGGGGUAUAUUGACAUGCAGUCUUAAGUCUCGCCAAACACAAAAAUGAAUUAUGGGGUUUUUUUUCUUCUAAGUUUGGAUAAAUAUUUUGGUUGAGUCUGUUAGGCAUGUUUUAGCUUUUCCCGUAAUUCCGUAGUACAAAGAUUGUGUAUCUAUAGGGAAAAAAAAGCUCAGCCAUACCUAAUUGAGAAUGUUGCUAACCUUUCUAAUGCAGGCAGUGAACUUCUAUUUUAGAGUACAGGCAUCUCAUAUUAAAACACAUCUCAGAUUCUCAUGCACACUCAUUUUUAGUGCAUUUCAUUAGCUACUUUGAUGAUUUUACAGCCUACAUAUUAAAGUGAUGGCAGUGUUAUUCUAAUGCUAAAUAUGUAAAAACCCUAUAACACUGAAUUUAAUAUAUCUAAGGGGUGCGGUGAGAACUACAUCUAACAUGAAAAUGUACACUAUGUGUCACUUUCAAAUCUCUAUUAAGAUUUUGUUGGUACAGUAGACAGAGCCACUAAUGACCUCUAAACAGGAUUUGUUUGAUGCAGUACAAUUAAAUUGCUACAUUUGUUACUGACCUAGUAGACUAGAGAUGUUUACACCUGACACAGCUUUGUUUUUGUUUAAAGUGUUUAUCCUUUUUGUGCAGCUUUAUGUUCUACCCAGACCUUUCACCAUGUCUCCAUGUACAACAUCAGGUUUUGGCAUACUUUCUUUUUGUUAUAAUGUGAAUUUGUAGUGUUAAGCUAUCCUGUAUCUAUCAAGUUUGGGCACAUGGGAAGAUGUGAAUCUUAUGAUUCAGAUAACUUAGUCUGAAAGUCACCAUAUCUAAUGCUUAUAGAGUGGACAUAUAUUGAAAUGGAAAUUGUUUAGUAAUUGAACAUGGGGAAAAAAAAUAAUUUUGUGGCACGUAAACAUUGUAUUUUGGCACCUACUGCAAUUUAUAGUGUUAAAAAAAACUGAGAUUCUCAGUGAUGGCUAACUCUUACUCAGCAGGUAAGUGUGUUGAAGGAUACAUAUGUGGGAAGCUAAGAUUGGCCAACUACCAGAUCUACAGCUAGCAUCCAGCCACAAUGAAUUGUUUGUAAAAAAAAAAAAAAAAAAAACAGACAAGAGACUGAAACAUGUAAAAUCAUGGCUCAUUGAUGCUUUAUUUUUCUUUUUUUGUAACCACAGAUCAAGUAAUGAUAUCAUGUGAAGGCAAUUAAAGCCCCAUAAAAGCUGUGACCUAUGUAUCACCCUCAUGUUGAAGCUUGCACUUCUUUUAGUUUUGAUUCAAGCGCUAGGUUUUACCUUUUUUUUUAUGAGACCAGGAGAUGAUCCUUUUCAAACAGUAUAAUCUGCAUGCACUAUGAGUGUCUCUAUUCAAGGGCCAGUAGUCACAAUAGAAGAGAAUGAUGACACCGUGAGAAGAGAGAGAUCGUGAUACGCCAAGUACCUUUGUUUUCCAUAGCAGCAGAAAAAAAAGUUGUAUCUGUAUGUUUUAAAUACAUUUAAUACAAUUGAAGAAAGAAUAAAAUUACAGAUCACCUAAACAUUAUUUGCAUAACAUGCUACUGCCUAUUAGGUAAGUGGAAAUUAGUUUUAUUGCAAGUAACCAAACCCCACCACAAACCAUCUGCAUCAUUUUUCUAUAGGAGCUACUUUUCAUUUUAAUGCUGGCUUCUCACGCUAAAUUUCACAGCAGUGCUUAAACAAUCUGACAUUUAGAAAUAGUUUUAGAAAAUUAGUCUCAGAAGAAGAAGCUUUUCAAGUUGUCAUCUCUCAUCUGAUGUGUGUUUAGACACCAUGCAUAAGAUAUUAGGACAUUUAAAGUGAUAUUAAAGCUUUAAACUCUGAAAGUUCUACUUUAAAUGCAUUUUGGCGUCAAAAUAUGUGGCAAUGUUUUAAGCUUGUUUGUCACAUUUCAGACUGUACAUUUCAGAGCGAUUAAAAGUGAACUUGGUGAGAUUUUAGAAUGCCUUUGAGUUACUGACUUGUACAAAACUUUUUUUUUUGUGUGUGUGUGUCUAAUUUCAAAGAGCAGUUACUUUAUUUGCAACAUUGAUAACUACAGAUAGCAGCAGUAUUGAUUUUUUUUUUUUUUCUCCCAAUAUCUUUCAGUAGAAAGCCUGUAUAAGAGCAGGUUAUAUAUAUAUAUAUUCAGUACUUUACUAUCACUUUAUAUAUCUAAACUAGAAUAACUUAAUUUUAGUUUUGCUUUAGCACAGGUGGUUCGAUUAAAUAUAGAUUAUUUCACUCCCCAAUAAUUAGAGAGGUAUGGAUUAAUUUCCCCUAAUUUCAAUUUGAAAAGUUCUUGAUAUUCACCGGUUUACAAAUCUCCCCAGCACAGUUUGUAUUGCUAUCUCUGCUGGUUCAGAGGAUGUGGUGGCAAAUACCUCAUACUACGUAGACGUUAGUUUGCUCUUUCCGGGGAAAAAAAACUCAGGUUCAAGACAUAGCAAUGGUGCUCUCUUUGCAUCAUCGCUUAGUUAAAAAUGUCAAGUGCACUUUAUCUGUCUUUACUAGCAUAGUUCACAAAAUGCCACUGCAGCUUUGGACCCGGAAGCUCAAGACUUCUAAAACAGAGACUGCAUACAAAGAUCUCCUAAGUUAUAACUUUACAUUUUCUAGAAUAGGUUUGCGAAAACUGGAUUCAAUCCUACUGCCACUAAGUGAAUCAAUUACUUUAUUAUUGUUUCAGGUGUAUUGUUAAACGUUAUGAAGGAAUAUCCCUGAAACAUACCAGACAUUGCUGGUUUUUAGAGAAUUUAACAAAUAGGUCAAUUGAAAGUAGAGUUGAGUCUGAAAUUAUUUUUCGGUUUAGCUCUUGUCCUAAAAUUCAGAACUUUUGGUUUAGUUCCCAGAAGUGCCCAUUUUAGUAAAUGACCAUUUGAGUUUACAUAGCCAUUAGUCUAGCAUUAUUUUAUCAACCCCGGAAACUUCCCCAUUUCUUCUCUAAGAAGCAAUAAACAGAAUUGUUGGAAAUUGCCAAGUCUAAUCAAAGGUUUCACCUGGAAUUACAUUGUGAGACAAAUUACCUACAUAAAUCCUGGCUAUUUCCCCUUGGAAAACUAUCUAGCCAAUAAAAAUCAGCUUUAAUGUGAAUUUAUCCCAAAGUAUUUUUGUCAAAGUUACGUGGAUGCCUGAUAAACCACUUUAAUGGGGCAUUAAACCACUUUAAUGCCAAUGAGAACCACAAUUUUUAACUGUGACAGGAAUUCUGUGAUAAUUAUUCUUCAUUAAAUUGUUAUUAGUUAUUCCGUCUAGUAUUCUGCUGUUCUAUCCUCUUCAUAGGUAAAAUAGUCCCUCAAUUACAGUUACUUCAAAAACAGCACAAUUUAGAACUAGUGUUUUGUUUUUUUUCUUAUAGCUAGUAGCUAAAGGUUUAUAGUCGACCAGACUACUUUAGUAUAUAAUCAUUAGCUGUAACUGGCUUAGUUCCUGAAAAUAUAACGGAGUCAACAAUAACUGUUCCAAUAAAGGAACGUAUACUCAUAAGUCUAAAUAUAUGCUUAUGCUUGUGCUGUACUAACUACAUUUGUUUGUGUGGGCUAAUCACCCCAAAACCAUUUACAUGCAUAUCACCUGGACAAGUAAGUUUAGAUCAAGUAUUACCUAAUUUCAUAACAAGAGUGAUGUUGAAAUGCAAUCUACUUGUUAGGGUUAUAUGUAUGUUGUUUGGUUUCUAUAUUUUUAUUAAAUAUAGUUCAUAUGUGAUUACUCAUUCUGCAGUGCUAAAAUGUGUGUAUUUUAUUGGCUGUGAGGAGGUAGUUUUAUUGCACAAAUGAGCAGAACAGUGACAUUUUAAAUAAAAUUAAACCUAUGUCUGCUCAAAAAAAUAUAAUCCCAGAAACCUAGCUACAGCGAAACAUCCUUAGAAUAUGUAAUUGCAUAUUCUACUGCAGGUAGUAAGUCAAAUUUAAAAAGAAGGGUACAGUUUUCAUUUAUGAAGCCCAAAUUCUGAAGGGUAUGUAUAAGACUACAUUGUUUUAAAGAUGUUAACCUUUUCACUGUAACAUUAACCCUUUCACUGUAGUGUAGUAUUUGUUCAUGAAAUGACUGAUACCAUAAUGGGGGUUCUGUAUAAAGAAAAAAAAAAAAAGUGGAGCAAUCAGCAGGGACAUUCUAUUCGUCUCCAUGGUGAUUGCUGCAAAAUUAUUCUUUAUAACAAAGCUCCAUUGUACAACUCGACAUGUUGGUGCAGAGUCAAUGUUAUUGCUCUAAGAAUAAAGCUACAUAGCUUGGAUGAUGUUAUGUGUUUAACAGGAACAUUGUACAUGUUUACAGGACAGAUAGAAUAACCCUUUCAGGACCAGAGUUAAGCAAAUCCUUGAUUGUCAUGACAAGAAUGUUAAACAAUUAGUCCUGAUUGGGUUAAAUGAGAUCAUUAGUUUCUGCUCUCAGAAGUAGACUGGAGCCUGGUUGUGUAGCAUAAGUGACAGUUCAAAUGGAAAUUGAUAAUGCUGUACCCAAGGGAAAUAGGGGUUGUGGCAUAUAAACUGGUUUGAUCAAUGCUGUUUGACAAACUCCAGUAUGCUCCUUUGUGAUCUAGAUAAGAGAACAAUUGAAAGUUGCUCCCUAGUAGCAUUUUUUUAUGUUCUUGUAUAUACAUGUUUAAUGCUAGUGACUAUGAGGUUUUACAUGAGUUGGCCCUUAAAGUGCUAGACUUCAACUCAGUGGCACUUAAAGGGUUAAACCAUACAGUGUGAUAAUUCAUUUAUUGAAGUAGAUCCUUGCAAAAUGAUACUGUUUCCAGAAAAUGCCUAAAUUGUAGCUGUAAUCAUUUUGUACCAUUAAAGCUCUCACAAAUGUGUGUUUUGUGUGUUUUCAUCUGUUUGCCAAAGUCACUAAAUCAUCAUCAA